GGCGGGAAGGCCCGGGAGGAAGGGAAGCAAGGCUGACGUGUCCCACCGGGACUGCCGGGCUGCGCAUGCGACCCCGCGGCAGCGGCUAUGGAGGAGGCGGAGGAGGUGGGAGGUGCGGGCCCGUCCGUGCUGUUCCUGCACCCGGACCUGGGCCUGGGCGGCGCGGAGCGGCUGGUGGUGGACGCGGCGCUGGCGCUGCGGGCGCGGGGCUGCCGGGUGCAGAUCUGGACGGCGCACUACGACCCCGGGCGCUGCUUCGCGGAGACGCGCGGGCUGGCGGUGCGGCGGGCGGGCGGCUGGCUCCCGCGCAGCCUGUGCGGCCGCGGGCACGCCCUGUGCGCCGCCCUGCGCAUGGCCUUCGUGGCGCUCUACGUGCUGCUGCUCAGCGGAGAGACCUUCGACGCCUUCGUGUGCGACCAGGUGUCUGCCUGUAUUCCUGUACUUAGACUGGCGAGAACCCGGAAGAAGGUUUUGUUCUACUGUCACUUUCCUGAUCAGCUCUUGACCAAAAGAGAAUCUUUCCUGAAGCGCCUCUACAGACUGCCGCUCGACUGGCUGGAGGAGUACACAACUGGCAUGGCAGACUGUAUCGUUGUGAACAGCAAGUUCACUGCCAGCGUCUUCAGAGACACAUUUAAGUCCCUAUCACACAUAAAACCAGAUGUCCUCUACCCAUCACUCAACAUCAGUAGCUUUGAAGAAAUUGUUCCAGCAGACAUAGCUGAUCUGAUACCAAAAAAGAAAAAGUUCCUGUUUCUUUCCAUUAAUAGGUAUGAGAGAAAAAAGAAUCUGGCAUUGGCUCUCGAAGCUUUGCAUGAACUUCAAGGGAGACUUGAUUCUCAUGAGUGGGAUGAAGUUCACCUGGUUAUGGCAGGUGGUUAUGAUAAGCGAGUUCUGGAAAACGUGGAGCACUAUGAAGAGCUGAGGAGACUUGCAGCCAAACUCAAUGUUAAUGAUCAUGUGACUUUUCUGAGAUCAUUCUCAGAUGAACAGAAAAUCUCUCUUUUUAGUAACUCUGUGUGUGUGCUUUAUACACCAAGCAAUGAACAUUUUGGCAUUGUCCCUUUGGAGGCAAUGUAUAUGAGAUGUCCAGUUAUAGCAGUUAAUUCAGGUGGUCCUUUGGAAUCAAUCUCACAUAAUGUUACAGGAUUUUUGUGUGAUCCUCUGCCAACGCAAUUCGCUGAUGCCAUGGAAAAAAUUGUGAGAGAUCCUCUCUUAAAGGACACAAUGGGAGCAGCUGGCAGAGUGAGAGUUAUGGAAAAAUUUUCUUCAGAAGCUUUCUCAGAACAGCUGUACCAAUACAUACGCAGAUUAACAGAAUAAAAUUCUAUUCCUACUUUA